GGCUGAUAAGUCAAUGGUCAGUGUGCUUGCGUAUCUUUACGGAGAGACCUUGUCGAGAAUUUUUGGAAAUGGUGUCGAGGAUUGUGUGUAUUAUGACGAUUGUCGGGCUCGCGAGCGGAGCUGUAUGGCAAGGAUCGAGGCUACCUGUGAAACCUAGGGAGCAUGCUCACAAAGAGGGUUGCUAUAUAGAAGAACUCGAUAACGUUAUACCCUUCGGUUCUAUGGUGACUCCACUUGGCGAUUGCUACAGGAUAGAAUGCACGCGACACAGAGUCGAAUAUGCUUCAUGCGCCUAUGUUAGCACAGAUUCCCAGAAUUGUUUCAUCACGGAGACGGAUGUCAGUAGACCUUACCCACACUGCUGUCCUGAUAUCAAGUGUGAAGAUGAUAACUACUUGAUAUAGAAGUGAUUCUUAGAUAUAAUUAGGAGCUCUAAGCUGUUAUUGUUGACAGUUGUAAUGAAGAUGGGAAUUUUGGUUAUCUUUAAGGAUAAGAGAAUAAAAAGAUCUUUCGCUUUAAAAAAAAGGAUAACUGAGGGUGAAAUACAAGAAAUCAGAAUAGAAGACAAAGAAACCGCGAAAUUUUAAGUAAAUUUAAUCAAAGUGAAAUAGGACAAGAUAAGAUUAAAAGCAGGUCCAAUCACGCAACCAAACCACAUACGUAUUUUGAAAUAAAUAAUGUAAUAAAUGUAUAACUUCAAUGCAAAAUUUAGAAGUAGACAUUACUUUUAAUUCACGACAGUUCAGUCCAUAUCUCCUAAAUGGUACUGAUAACUUUACUAAUAAAUUUCAAAGUUAAAAUAUCUGGCCGUUUUUAAUAAUGCUUUAUGCUAUUAAAUCACGUAAUUUAUUUGUUAGUGCUGCCAUUUCUGGAACAAAGACAAUACAUUCGGCGACGAUGAAAAAUGUAUAAAACAGGAAAUAAAUUAAGUAAUCUUCUGUCUAGACCGGAGACCAUCUAUUUAAAAAGUUUUAUUUGUUUCAAACGUUUUCUUUCUUGUUGUACUUUUACUAUUAUAUAACAAUUAUUUUAUUGUUAUCAUUAUGCAUAAGUUCUUGUGGUUGUUAUAGUUAUCCAGAUACACAACAAAUAAUGUGUUUUAUAGUGAAAACUAUACAAGUCAAUAUUUCAAUUACAAAUAAUAAUCUACUGUGAAAAUAAUUUAAGUUUAGAUGGUUUUAGUUUAAGAAAUUUUUCAAAUACAUAAGUUUGCAUUAUAAAUGUUGCAAUAAAUCAGUCUUUAACUUUUAAAGUAUGUUUGAAAUAACAGCAUAUAUAUAUAAAAGUUUAACAUAGUCUUAGUAGAAUAGAAAGUAAUUUCGAACCUGUCAACGUAACUUAAGUGCUCCUUUAAUAGUAAGAUAUGGAUAGAGUUCCUUUAAUAAGAGUUCGAGGUGGAAAUAAUGCUGAAAAUACUUCUUCCAUAUUAUAAAAACUUCAUACAAGAUAUCACACGAGUACAAAUUUCAAACCACAAUAGCACAAUAAUAGAAGAUGGACUGAAAUCCAAAAGAGUAAUUUUCACCCGCCUGGGUUCUAUUGUAUCCAGGUGAAAGAUUAAAAAAAAAAAGUUAACUUUUCAAUAUAAAGGUGAAAUUCAUGCAAGGCAUUUGAGGUGUCUAUACAUCGAAUAUAAAAUCUGAUACAAAGUUUUUAUAAUAUAGAACAGUCUUUCCGUCAUUACUCCGACUCAAGAAGCUAUCUUGCCGCCAAAUUGUUAUUAUUUAUUUAAUUAAAUUAGUUUCUCUUUGUA